AUGAAAAAGUUAUUUUCGAAAAUUGAAAAAAACAUUGAUACCACGACCAAGGAAACGAACACUUUUAUCGGAAAAGUGUUUACUGUGGGCCGACAAACGGUCGUUGUUGAAGAAGUUUUAGCAGAAGGUGGAUUUGCUAUAGUCUAUCUAGUUAAGGGCAGCAAUGGCACUCGAUAUGCCCUUAAACGUAUGUAUGUCAAUAAUGAACAAGACCUCAAUGUUGCCAAACGUGAAAUUCAAAUAACCAGCAGCCUAAAUGGACACAAAAACAUCAUAGGCUAUGUGGACUCUAGUAUAGUCGCCACAGGCAGCGGAGUCUAUGAAGUUUUAUUACUGAUGCCUUUCUGUUCUGAGAAUGUAUUUGGCUUGAUGAGGGCUCGAGGGAAACCCAAUUUUACAGAGACAGAAGUCUUGACUAUUUUCUGUGAUAUGUGUGAAGCUGUUUCCAGGCUACACCAUUGCAAGACACCAAUUAUACAUAGAGAUUUAAAGGUAGAAAAUAUUUUAGUAGGAGAGGAUGGAAAUUAUAUACUAUGCGAUUUUGGAUCGGCUACAGCUAGAAUAUUAAAUCCAACAGAAAAAGGUGUUGCCUUAGUAGAAGACGAAAUUAAAAGGUAUACAACAUUGAGCUAUAGAGCUCCAGAAAUGGUGGAUAUGUAUUGUGGCAAACCGAUUUCUACUAAAGCUGAUAUAUGGGCAUUAGGAUGUCUCCUCUAUAGGUUAAGUUACUUCAGUUUGCCUUUCGGAGAAAGUACCUUGGCUAUUCAAAGUGGCAACUUUUGCAUUCCAGAUAAUUCGCAAUAUUCAAAGGGUUUACAUCAGUUAAUACGUUAUAUGUUGGAACCAGAUUCAGAUAAGAGACCUGAUAUAUAUCAAGUUAGUUGUAUUGCAUUCCAGCUUUUGGGCAAACAAAAUCCUGUGAAAAAUUUAAUGAAAUCUGUUGCUCCCACUUUGGAUGCCAUACCAAUACCACUAUUUGAAUCUGAACAGAAAAAAGCCAACCAAAUAAAAAUCCAAUCAGCUCCCAAAUCAGUAUCAGUGAUGCCCGCUGUAGAAGGUACCAGCGUAAUGCCGCGACAAAGACCAAAAGGCAGCAGCCAGACUCCCUUGAACCUGAACAGCAUUCCCUUGAACAUAUGCUCCAGUCCUAGCGCCUCGAAAAAAUCCCAAAAUUCCCAAAGUCCUAACACCCAAGGUAAUCCUCCCUCUGUUAAUGCUUUUUCCAAUCCUCCUCACUUUCCCGAUUUCGGUCCUAGUGACUAUUUUGUUGCCCAAAGUGAAGAAUUACCUCAUCAGCAGCAACAAUUGGAUUCGUUGUUUCAGUCUUCCAUUUAUCCUGAUCCGUUUCGAGACGAUCAUGGUGGCGAAUCACCAACCACAACAUCUGACAAUAAUGGCAAUAAGGGAGCAGAGGGGGGACAAACUGUAGCUACUGUCAAUGUCGCGUCGCCACUUACCAGUGACAAUCCGUUGUUUGGAUCUGGAAACUUGGGAGGAGGGAUAAGUCCCCUAAAAAGUGGAAUGACUGAAUCGACCAGCAUUAUAGGUAGCAUUACGCCUCCUUUAUCUCCAUCAUUGAGUGUCCCAAAGGGACACAGAAGAAACAUGAGCGACACUACUGCUUUUAACAAGGCAUUUGCGACUGAAACCAACCAAUUCCUAGCCCCUUUCGAAUCUUCUAUGAAAUCGAAAAAUCGUGUGGACUCCCCAACCCAAGCUUGUGCUGAAGACGCGGUCAUGGCUCCGAUGGGAAGUUCUGCUUCUACUUGUGAUGUUAGCUACGCUAUUGGUCCUGAUGGUAGAUCUUUGUCUGUGGACGUGUCCAAUUGGAACCCGUUUGAAGAAGGUGGUCCUCCUUUCAGCCAAAUGACCGAGGAUCAUAUAUUUGGAGCUGAGUUUGAUAAGAUUCGACAAGGCAGUGGCAGUCAAAGCAGUAUUCAAGGAGUCAAAUCACGAGAAAGCCUCGUGAUGCAUCAACAUCACGAAGAUCCUUUUGGCGCAGCCCCAUUUAGUAUUCCAUUAAAGACUCGCGAGAAGACACACAAGAGGCUACAUUCCGCAGUACUCAAACCAGCAAUUCCUGAACCAGUGAUCGAAGAAAAGCCAUACGAAUAUUUGUCCGAAUCUCAAUCAAACACUUAUGCAGAAGUCCCAUUGAUUGGAACCACUGAAACUGAAAGUGACUUUGAAAUGUCGCCCCCGCAUAAAAGUGUACAGAUACCUUUGGAAAUACCUCUUGAAGAUAGGCACAAAUACGAAAAAUUAGUGCAAGGGUUUGAUGUUAGUUCAGACAGUAGUGAGAGAGAAGAAAAAAUAAAAUUAAAGAAAAAGAAGAAAAUUAAUAUUCCAGAAAAAUUACACAACGUAUGUAAAACGGUACCAAUUAAAAAGUCAAAAAAUAAAAAAUCCAAAAAAGAAAUUAAAAAGGAAAAUGUCGAUUCUAAUGAUGACGAUUCCAUAGGUUCUGCUAGUGAUCUUAAAGCAGACGAAGAUAAGGAAGAAGAAGAAGAACCAAAAGAAGACAUCAGAAGUGAAAAUAUCAGCGAAGACAUUCAAACUUGUGGCUCAUCAGCUUAUCAUGCUGAAUGUGAAAGUAUGGCAACUCAUGAAGAGGACUACACAAGCAGAAUAAUUAGAACAAAGAAAAAGGAAGAACCAAUUAAAGAACAAAUAAAUGAAGAUAUGAUUUUCAUUGGACAUCAAUAUGGAGAAAAGCCUUUACUGGCUGACGAUGAAUUGGAUUCUGACUGUGAUAUUCAGCCAGAAAAUGCUAAAUGGGACCCUGAGAAAAAUAUUGCUAAAAAAGAAGCUUUAUGGAUACCUCCAUCUAGUAGCUUUGAAGAUGCAAAUGAUGUUUUCACUUUGGCGCCUUUUGGGAAAUUGAGGCAAAGAAAAGAAGCAAAUGCUUCUUUAAAUCCAUUCUUGACUGAUGAAUUUGCUCUUAGCAGCAGCACUAGUACUUUAGUGAAAAUUAAACCAAAUAACUAUGAAGGUUCUCCUUUGGAGCAAAAAUUUGAAAGUGAUUUUACCCAAGGAACAAAUAUUUUCGAGAUUCCUUCCAUUGAACAAAAUACUGCACUAUUAAUAGAUCUCUCAAAUAGUAGCACUGAUAAUUAUCCAGUACUCGAUCCCACUUUGUCAAUAACUUCUAGACCAGAUUCGCCAAAGACUAAACAAAAAAAAGACAUCAAGAAAAAAGAGAAAUCGAAAUAUCAACUCUUCGGUGACAUUUCAGAUGAAAGCCCGACUAUUGAUAGACAAAAAGAUAGGAUCAAAGGUAGUUCUGGCAGCAGCAAAAUAUUUACCAAACCGAAAAAAAAAGUGGCAGUAGAAAAAGGCUUCAGUAACAUGAGUUUUGAAGAUUUUCCUUCUGACGAAGGCGAAGUUGUUACCAACUCGGAAUUGCCGUUCGAGGUGCUUAGAAGUCCCGACGAGGAAAGCCGCAGAGCCAGAAAGAUCUCUAACCCGUUUUCCUGA